UAUCACUCGCCGAUCGUGCACACGGCGAAGAUGACGGGAUUGAUGGCUGGAGAGCGGUAUUCGUACGCGCUGCCAGGGAGCGAGACGACGAGAAGCUUCAGGGCGCCGAAGACGCCGAAGAAGCACGGGAAGGAGACGACAAAAAUAGCCGUUGUGGGCGAUACGGGUCAGACGGACGUGACGCGGGAGGUGCUGACGCACGUUCGAGACGCUUUGGGGGACUCAGAGUUGUUGAUACACACAGGAGACGUGUCGUACGCGGAUGGCUUCGCGCCAAGAUGGGAUAGUUUCGGCACCCUGAGCGAAUUCUUGCUGGAUGGUAUGCCGAUGUUGACCGUGCCUGGAAAUCACGACGUGGCGCAAAAUGGAAUGGAUCUCGUGUCCUACAUGGCGCGAUAUCCCUCCCCUUACACAGCAUCGAAGAGUCCAUCGCAACUGUUUUGGUCUCACGAAGUCGGUCAGGCGCACAUCAUUGGUUUGAAUAGCUACGCCAACUCGCAGACUGGGGUGUACGAUGGUGCUGAUACGCCUCAGAUGGCGUGGUUACGCAAAGAUUUAGCCACCAUCAAUCGGCAGUAUACCCCUUGGGUCGUCGUCGUGUUUCACGCGCCUUGGUACAAUUCCAACCGAGGACACUUCAAAGAGGCUGAACGUAUGAGAAAAGCGCUCGAGCAAAUCCUUUUCGACGCGGGCGUUGAUCUCGUGUUCAAUGGCCACGUGCAUGCCUACGAAAGGUCCCAUCCGGUGCACGACUUUCACGUGCAUGAGUGCGGUCCCGUGCACGUCGUCGUCGGCGACGGAGGAAAUUACGAAGGCCCGUACGGUAAUUCCUGGAUGGAACCUCAGCCGUCGUAUAGCGCGUUCAGGGAGGGUUCUUUCGGUGCGGGCUCGCUCACGAUUCAUAACGACACUCACGCGACCUGGGAGUGGCGCCGA